CGGAACUAAACCCCUCCUUUCCGCCAUGUUUUCGCCAUGCUUCGGCCACUCGCUUUCUUCUGUUUAACGAGCUUUAGGCUAUCAGCCUUCAAACUGCUAGAUGUGGGAGCUCCCAGGACUGGAACUCAGUCGAUGACUGUUGCCCUCAGAACCUUGGGUUUGAAUCCCCUGCACAGUGGACAUCAUAAGCCUUUACGACUCCCAGUAUGCAGAUAUUUGUUUGGGAACGGCUCCCUGGAUGACGCUUUUUCCGUUUUGGAUGGCUAUGAUGCUGCCAUGGAUGAACCUUUCAUGUUGAUCUACGAAGAGGCAAUGGCGAAUUUCCCAGACGCCAAGUUCCUCCUCACGAUUUCGGAUCCCGAGCAUUGGUACAAGAACUAUGUGGACCUCGUUCAAGCCGAUGGGGCUGGCUGGUGGUUUAAUUUCGUAGAGACGUUCGAGCAGAAGUGCUAUGAUAUGGCAUCCUGGAAUUGCUCCUUCACAGCACCCAGCGAAGAGACCAAGAAGGAGUGCUUGAAGAACUAUGCUGCUCACAACGCCCGAGUACAAGAGGUGAUCCCCGCGGAGCGACUGCUGGUGUACAAUUGGUCAGAUGGUUGGGCACCGCUGGCGCAUUUUCUCCAAGUUCCAGUUCCGGACAAGGAAUUUCCAUACGUCGAUACCAAUUCUGAGAGAAUCUACGCCGUGGCAGAUGCCUAUGAGGCAAUUGGUGAGGCCGUGUGAAGAAUCCAGCGUUUGCCGUGGAGCUGCAGAGCAUGAUACGGCAUGGGCAUACAAAAGGUUUACCACUUUGAAGCACUUUGAAAUAAUUCGUACUUUGAACGGAGCAAGAGGGAUUGGGGCUUUGAAACUGUCGACAUGCAGAACCAGACCUUGCAGCUUGUUGUGCACACACUGACGUACCGCAGCAUUUUGGGCAAUGGCACAAAAGAUGGGGUAUGGUAUGAGGAUCGUUCUCUACCAGGAUUCCAUGCCAAUGCAAAUCUCACGCGAGAGCAGAAUGAAACCUAUGCGAUGAUGGACAACCUGAUUCUGACCGUUGGGCAGGUGGGAACAAGAAGGAUGACAAGGAUGACUAAGACGAUUCACCAUGCGCAGAAAAUGGACAAAA